CUGGUGCCGCGCGCAGCGCACCGACCACCCGUCGUUCUGAGGGUCUCGUGGCUGCAGUCGGAGCAGUGCAGCAGCGGGUUGGAAUAGCGGUUCGCACCCGGUCAUGUCAAACAACAGCGCCGCCAACAGCAGCCUGGUCAUGGCCCAGAAGGCGGUGAAGCAGCUCCGUCUGGAGGCCAGUGUCCGCCGGAUCAAGGUUUCUCAGGCUGCUGCAGAACUGAAGACCUUCUGUUUGCAAAACGCUCACAAGGACCCUCUCCUGACUGGCGUGCCUUCCAGUGAUAACCCCUUCAGGCCUCCUAAGUCAUGUGUCCUCCUCUGAGGUCAGAGGAUCGCUGAGCAGACGCCUGUGGAUUCUCACAAUGUGCGCCACUGCUGGAGGCGAUGAAGAGGAGCAGGAACACCCAGCACUCCUGCACCUGAUGAUGAUGAUGAUGUUAUUAAAAUAGAAACGAAUGAUAUCUUAAUUAUAUCUCAUUUAUUUGUAUUUCUGGUUGCUGCUCAGCAUGGAUCAAAAUAAAUAUGAUUUCAUGUGUUUUUAUGUCCACAUCUUUUAUAACAUGUGAUGACCCAACAUGGGAGCAGAAUUCUGUUUCCUUCUUUGGUCUGAGUCGGUCUUCUUUAACAGAACAACGUUUCUCUGGUGUAAUGCUUAUUUCUCAUUAAAGCAUUCUUCAUGCCACUGA